AUGAAUGGGUUUAUAAAAUUAUCUAAUUAAAAUAUNUAAAUAACUUACAAUGGAGAAUACCAUAAUGGAGUAAAAGUAGGAAAAUGGGAUAUUUAUUAUUAUAAUGAAGAUACUGAAAACAAUGAAUUGAUGUACUUCUCUACAAUAUUUUUAAAUUCAGAGGUGGUGGUUCUUAUAUUGAAAAAAUUAAUGAUUCAAAUAUCGCUAGUUCAGUUAAAAUAGGUAAUUGGAUUGAGUUGAUUGAUAAUUUUGAGAGGUAUUAUCUAAAAUUAAAUAUCGCUUAUCAGUUAAAUUCAAGUAACUUUUAAAGGAGAGUACGAAAAUGGCAAAAAAGUGGGAAGGUGGGAUACUUUUUAUAAGUAGGAGUAGAUGUAAAAUUGAUUUCUAUAUCUCGAAUUACAAUCUAGUGGUGGAGGAUAAUAUCAAAAAGUAGAAAAUGAUAAUUUGAGUGAUUCAAUAAAGGUUGGAAAGUGGAGAGAGCUAAUUGAUGGAUUUUAUGAGUAUUUAUAAAGAAUUAUAUAUAAUAGGUAUGGCUAGAUCACAUAUUUUGGUGAAUACGCUAUUGGUAAAAAAGUAGGUAUAUGGUAAUAAAUGUUUGGGAACAAUAUAAUGUAUCUAUAAAGUAUACUUUAUUAGGGAAGAAGAUGA